UCUCUUCUCUUCUCUUCUCUUCUCAUUCUGCUCAUGGCUUCCCCCGUCGCCAUUGCCCUCUUCCUCCUCUUUUCCUCCGCCUUCGCUGUCGUCUCCUCCGUUCCUUGUCAGGACGUCCUGACCCUCUCCAAGCAAGGCGGGGCCGUCCCCGUCCGCAGCGACGAGGAGGUGAGAAUGCUCUACCUGGAGUGGAGGGCUAAGAAUCACCCCGCCGAAAACUACCUAGAUCUGAACGAAUACCGGCUCGAGGUCUUCAAGGAGAACCUUCAGUUCGUGGACGAGCACAAUGCAGCGGCCGACCGCGGGGAGCAAUCCUUUCGCCUCGGGAUGAACCGGUUCGCUGACCUCACCAACGAGGAGUACAGGGCUAGGUUCCUCGGGAACUUCUCCCAGAUGAGAUCCACCUCCAGAAAGAUCAGCAGCAGGUACCUGCUGAGAGAAGGGGACAAUCUGCUCGAUUCUAUAGAUUGGAGGAAGAACGGCGCCGUCGUCCAAGUAAAGAAUCAGGCUCAAUGUGGAAGUUGUUGGGCGUUCUCUGCAGUUGCUGCCAUCGAAGGUAUCAACCAAAUCGUCACCGGUAAUCUGAUUUCACUGUCAGAACAAGAAUUAGUGGACUGCGAUGCCGGCAACCGUGCCUGCAAUGGUGGACUCAUGGACGCUGCAUUCAGGUUCAUCAUCAACAAUGGUGGCAUCAACAGCGAGGAGAACUACCCAUACAUAGGCCAAAAGGGGACUUGCAAUACCAACAAGAAAAAUGUCCAUGUUGCGUCAAUCGAUCGGUAUGAAAAUGUUCCUCGCAACAACGAGAAGUCUCUCCAAAAAGCCGUGGCAAACCAACCAGUUAGUGUUGCUAUCGAGUCCGCUGGAAGAGCUUUCCAACUUUAUCGUUCGGGAAUAUUCACUGGAACCUGUGGAACUGCAUUAGAUCAUGGUGUUACUAUAGUAGGUUAUGGUAUUGAAAAUAGCAAGGACUACUGGAUCGUAAAAAACUCAUGGGGUAAGAACUGGGGAGAAUCUGGCUAUAUACGAAUGGAACGGAACAUUGCAGACUCUGCUGGCAAAUGUGGUAUUGCAAAGUUGGCUACUUACCCAGUAAAAUUAGAAAGGACCAAUUUGUGCAACUCUACUUCCUCUUCUUCUUCUGUGCCUUCCCUCGUCAAGCCUCUUAUCGAUUGCAAAAACUACAACACUUGCUCUGGCAACACCACAUGUUGCUGCAUCUACGUGCCUACCCUCAUCGAGCCUCUUCCGUGCCUUCCCUCAUUUAAUUAG